GCCAUGUUAACCAAGAAGCCCGGAGCCUCGGUCCUUCCGACGGGCAAAGUGGGCGAGCCGGUCUACUCUCCUGGUCACAGUGGCUCUCAGACGACGUCGCCCGUCGCCCUGCCGCCGCUUCGGAACAACAACCACAACCCCCUGACGGGAGGCUCUAAAGCCACCAUGUCGGAGGCCGUCCAGCUGUCAUCACAGUCGCAGGUCCACAUCACCCAGCUGUAUGAAGAGAACACCAACAAGCGUCCGGUCCUGACCUCCCAGCCCAACGGUCUGGCUCCACUCACCUCCACCCGGCCAGGGCUGCCGCUGCCCGACCGACAGACCUCGGCCUCAGAGCCCGCUCACCACUGCCGCCAGAGCAGUGCCACUUCCAACAAGUCGAUGGACAGCAAGCCAAAGCCCAACCCCCUGUCCCCAGAGCAGGCCAUGAAGCAGUUCAUGUCCAAAAUGUCCUCGUUUGAACACCACGAAGUUUUCAACUACCCAGAGGUGUACUUUGUGGGUCCAAAUGCGAAGAAGAGGUCAGGGGUCAUAGGCGGAGCCAACAACGGUGGCUAUGAUGAUGAUCAAGGAUCCUACAUCCACGUCCCACAUGACCAUAUCGCCUACCGCUAUGAAGUCUUGAAGGUCAUCGGUAAAGGCAGCUUUGGACAGGUGGUGAAGGCCUUCGACCACAAGUCUCAGGCCCACGUGGCUCUGAAGAUGGUCCGCAACGAGAAGCGCUUCCACAGGCAGGCGGCGGAGGAGAUCCGCAUCCUGGAGCACCUGAGGAAGCAGGACAAGGACUCGAGCAUGAACGUAAUCCACAUGCUGGAGAACUUCUCCUUCCGUAACCACAUCUGCAUGACCUUCGAGCUGCUCAGCAUGAACCUGUACGAGCUCAUCAAGAAGAACAAGUUCCAGGGCUUCAGCCUCCCGCUGGUCAGGAAGUUCGCCCACUCCAUCCUGCAGUGUCUGGACUCACUGCACAAGAACCGCAUCAUCCACUGCGACCUCAAGCCCGAGAACAUUUUACUCAAGCAGCAGGGACGCAGCGGCAUUAAGGUCAUAGAUUUUGGUUCUAGCUGUUAUGAACAUCAAAGAGUUUACACCUACAUCCAGUCCAGGUUCUACCGAGCACCCGAGGUCAUUCUAGGCUCCAGGUAUGGAAUGCCUAUUGACAUGUGGUCCCUGGGCUGCAUCCUGGCUGAGCUGCUGACUGGUUAUCCACUGUUACCGGGUGAAGAUGAAGCUGAUCAGCUGGCCUGCAUCAUCGAACUACUGGGCAUGCCCAGCCAGAAGCUCCUCGACGCCUCCAAACGAGCCAAGAACUUUGUGUCAUCCAAAGGCUACCCACGGUACUGCACCGUCACCACUCUGUCUGAUGGCACCACCGUGCUGAACGGUGGUCGAUCACGGCGGGGGAAGGUACGCGGCCCACCGGGUAGCAAAGACUGGAGCGUAGCACUAAAGGGCUGCGACGACCCACUUUUCCUGGACUUCCUCAAACAGUGUCUGGAGUGGGACCCGGCGCUCAGGAUUACACCCAGCCAGGCACUGCGCCACCCGUGGCUGAGGAGACGACUUCCCAAGCCGCCAGCAGGAACCACCACGGAGAAGACCUCGUCAUCCAAACGGGGCACCACCACCUCUGACGGUGCCAUCACCUCCAUCUCCAAGCUCGCCACCACCUCCUCAACCACCACAUCCUCCUCCUCCAAAACCAGGACUAACUUGGCGGCGAUCACCGACGCCAAUGGAAACAUCCAGCCUAGGACAGUUCUGCCCAAACUGGUCAGCUGAGAGUGAGCGCACCCCAUUCGCUGUGGCGGGAGGUGAAAGCUGAGCUCACAAGCAGCCACGAGCAGCUGCGAGCAACAAGCUGGAACUGAAUAAAACUGGUUUGUCCAGUUUUGAAGAGCGUUUGGUUUUUUCACACUGGUUUUCACAGCGUUGUUGGGGUGCGUUCAGGACUAAAACAGUCGUGGAAGUUUUGUGUUGGGUUGCUAAAAUGCAGAAUGGCUAGGCUAGGAUGUAAACUGAAACUUGACUGAUAAACUGGGGUGCGUUCUCAGUCUUGUCUGAAAAAAACAAUUAGUUGUUUUACAUCGUGAGCAGCGGGACGUGUUGGAAAUGAUUGCGGGGCUGCUCAGACAAUCAAAACACACCACACCACUCUGUAGCUCCAAACACACAAACACAACACACUCACAAAAACAUGGUGCUUACGGAGGGAACAAGGCUUUUUGAUAUUUUUUUUUUUUUUUUUUUAGCACAGAAUCUAUUUAGCUGAGCUAAUAGUCGAAUAAUCGAUUGGACACCAAAAACAACAUAUAUUGAUUUUAGUCUUACAAGGUCAUAUCUGGCAGACAAUAAUAGGGCCUCUUAAAUGUGGUUAAACUGACAAAUAGUGUCAGAUAUAUCUUUAUAAAACUAAGGCUACAACUGAAAAAUGCAAUGAUUAGCAUGCUAGUCUAUGUUUCAUAUCACUAUGAAAUAACAAAUUUUGUGUUUUAUUUCAGUUUGGGGAACAUUGGUGAGCAUUUGUCAUUAUUUCUGACUCAAGUGACAACACAAAAAAGAUCCUAUCAACCCUAACUGAACCAUCUACCUGUUAGCUGGCUAACUUUCCUAGCUAGCUGUUGUUUUACUGUGUGUUACCUUGUUAGCAUUGUGCCUGUCAGCUAGCUAACUGUUAACUGACAGUGGUUUGUCGUUAGACAGCUAUUUGUUUGUGUUUAGCUGUCACAUUCUAACUCUUUAUGCUAGCAGUUAGCCUAGCGAACUUUAAAAUCAGUCAGCUAGCUAUAGCUGGCUCACUAUUUGCCUUUUUUGGCAGUCUGGUGGCUAGCCUUAGCCUCUUUUAGCCAUAGCCUGUUAGCUCUCCACUGCCCAGCCUUACAAAGCACAGACAGAAUGACAACAUGUUUUUUAACUUCUCAGAUUUAGAUUUUUUAAGUGUUUUAACUAGUGAAGUUAGAGACAGAGAACAGAGGAGGGAGAAAAAGACCAGAAAAGAAAAAGGUGUUUGGGUUAGCCAGCACCAUUUUGUUCCCUAUUUAAUCAACCAGAUGUGAUUAUUAAUGAUACAAAAUGGCUGCUGAAAGAGCUGUGAAGAGAAAGAAGAAAGUAGACUGAAGGUGGUUUUAUGGACAAGUUAUAAAUCAUUUUAAACUCAAAGGGCUCUGAUUUUAAAAUAAUGGGAGUGUUAUAAACCAAAGUCUUGUUUAUGAGCAAAGAAACAUGAAGCAGUGGCUGCAGACUAGCAUUUAUAUAAUAUAGUUUAUAUUUGGUCAGCCAACAUUAAAAGACAAGAUUAAAAAGCUGUCUAGUCGCCUGGAUAACAUGGAUGACAAAUUUUCCAACAUACUUUGCCACUGACAGACUACUCCUGUAUUUUAGUAACAUUUUGAAGGACUAUAUGUCAGAAGUAGCCAUUUUAACUUAUUCCAGAUAUGAGGGCAAAAUCAUUUCAGCGUGCUGACCAAAUUCCAAGCAUCAGGAAAAGACUCAGCUGCACAGAAAUCACAUGACACCAAAAUAUCUUCCAUAAUGUAACAGCAUACAGUGGUGUUUGUUUAGAUGACUGUUAAGU